AUCGGAAUUGUUUUUUUUUGUUUUUAAUUCUUUAUCCAAAACUUUUUUUCAUUUUUAUUUUCUCUGGAACAAACGUGUUCGUUUAAUGUUUGGUGUUUUUUGGUAUAAAACCAACAAGUUUUUCAUUCAUAAGCAAUUCUACUCAUUUUUCAUUUUGGCAUUAUGUUACCAGAUAAUGAAUACAUUGUUAAUAAUAACAAUCAUCAUUAUGAAUCAACAACAAUAAUUAAUGAUAAAAAAAUAACUAAUGGCAAUGGAAUAAUUGUUGCCGAUAAAAAUCAUCAAGAUCAUCAACAUCAUCAUAAUUAUCAAAAUGGACAACGUAAAAAUCAUGUACGUGUUGCCGUUGUAGGAGGUGGCCUGGUUGGAUCAAUGAUUUCAUGUUUUCUAGCAAGACGCGGUUAUCAGGUAGAUCUGUAUGAGAUGCGUAAUGAUCCACGUAAAUCUGAACAUGUGGUUGGAAAAUCAAUAAAUUUGGCUCUCUCAGAAAGAGGUAGAAGUGCAUUACGUUCAUUAGGUUUAGAGAAAGAGAUAAUGGAAAAAUAUUCAAUCAAAAUGUAUUCACGUAUGAUACAUGAUUUAAAUGGCCAAAAAAGAAUCAUACCAUACGGUACUAGACCAGAUCAAUAUAUAUUAUCGGUUAGUCGAAGAUUUUUGAAUGAAUUAUUAUUAAGUAAAGCGGAAAAAUAUGAAAAUGUACAUAUACAUUUUGAACAUAAAUUAUUACAAGCAAAUCUCAAACAAGGACAUCUGACAUUUCAAGCAAUGAUUGACAAUAAUAAUAAUAAUGUUGACAACGAUAAUGCUUUCAAUGACAAACAAGGAAAACAACAACAAUCACCUCAUCAACAUUCAAAACAGGUAGAAAGCAAUUCGGACAUUAUAUUGGGGUGUGAUGGUGCCUAUUCGGCUGUCAGACGUCAUAUGAUUAAAUUGUUAUUGUUGGAUUAUAGCCAAAAAUAUAUUGAACAUGGUUACCUCGAAUUGUGUAUACCACCCACUAAAUCAGGUGACUAUGCAAUGGAACCGAAUCAUCUGCACAUUUGGCCUAGAGGCGAAUUCAUGAUGAUCGCCUUACCAAAUCUUGAUCGAUCAUUCACCGUAACAUUGUUCAUGCAAUUCAAAAUAUUUGAACGGCUCACCGAUGAAACAAAAUUGUUGAAUUUUUUUGAAAAAUAUUUUUCUGAUUCAAUUCCAUUGCUAACCAAAGAUGGUUUAAUUCAAACAUUUUUUAGCACAAAGCCAUCACCAUUAAUAUCGAUCAAAUGUAAACCAUAUAAUUAUGAAGACAAAGUUUUAUUGAUGGGUGAUGCAGCACAUGCUAUGGUACCAUUCUAUGGUCAAGGAAUGAAUUGUGGCUUUGAAGAUUGUAUUGAACUUGAUGAGCUAAUUGAACAACAUGGAAAUGAUAAACUGGAUUCAGUGUUGGAUAUUUUCACUGAAAAAAGAGUUGAUAAUUGUCAUGCUAUUAUUGAUUUAGCAAUGUACAAUUAUGUUGAAAUGCGUGAUUUAGUUAACAAACGAUCAUUUCUUAUACGUAAAACAUUUGAUAAUAUGAUGCAUCGUUUAUUUCCAAAGAUUUGGACACCCUUAUAUUCAAUGGUAACAUUUUCACGUACACCAUAUCAUCGUUGUAUUGAGGAUAAACGUUGGCAAGAUGCAAUGAUUGAUCGAAUUUUGAAAUUUUUUUUCAUAAUAUUCGGCUUAUUAAUGUUUUUGAUUGCAGCAAAAUUAUUUGACAGUAAUCCAACAUUGAAAACAAAACCAAAUUGAUAUAAAUAUAAAUAUGGCUAUUAAUAAUGAUAU